CUCCACGCAGCCACCUCUGUCCCGCUCCACCGCCAACUCCAUGCUCCUGCCCAUCCCUUCGGCGAUCUCACCCUGGCGAUGCGCGGGCAAGAGGGCACUGGGGGAGGUUGCAGCGCUGGUGGAUGGUGGGCGCGCACGUAGUGGAGCAAGCGAGGAGACCAACGGCCGCAGGAGAGGAGCGAAGGCGGGGACAAGGGAGGGCACAGAGUAUAAACGUGCGGUCGCCGCGCUGCGAGCAGAGGAGCAGCCGAGCCCAGCGGAGCCGCCCACUAGCCGGAGCGCCUCCAACCGAGACCCUUCCCUGGUUCCGCGCACGCACGCCCCGCAGGCCUCUAACCGGGAGGAGGGUCCUCGCGGCAGUCCCGGGACGCAACCCCUGCGGGUAGCAGGGAGGAGGAGGACCGUGAGACCAUGAGCGCCGCGGCUACGUCGGGGCCCAACUCAUCAUGGUGGGCGCCGGCCAACGCUUCGGGCUGCCCAGGCUGCGGCGUCAACGCCUCAGACGGCCUGGCUUCCGCGCCGCGGCUCCUGGACGCCUGGCUGGUGCCGCUCUUCUUUGCCGCACUGAUGUUGCUUGGCCUGGUCGGGAACUCGUUGGUCAUCUACGUAAUCUGCCGCCACAAGCAGAUGCGCACUGUGACCAACUUCUACAUCGCCAACCUAGCAGCCACGGAUGUGACUUUCUUGCUGUGCUGCGUGCCCUUCACGGCCCUGCUCUACCCGCUGCCCGCCUGGGUCCUGGGCGACUUCAUGUGCAAGUUCGUCAACUACAUUCAGCAGGUCUCGGUGCAGGCCACAUGCGCCACCCUGACCGCCAUGAGUGUGGACCGCUGGUAUGUGACAGUCUUCCCGCUGCGGGCCCUGCACCGGCGCACACCUCGCCUGGCCCUGGCCGUCAGCCUCAGCAUCUGGGUGGGCUCAGCUGCGGUGUCUGCGCCGGUGCUCGCCCUGCAUCGCCUGUCGCCGGGACCUCGCACCUACUGCAGCGAGGCCUUUCCCAGCCGUACCCUCGAGCGCGCCUUCGCACUCUACAACCUGCUAGCUCUCUACCUGCUGCCGCUGCUCGCUACCUGUGCCUGCUACGGGGCUAUGCUGCGACACCUGGGCCGGACCACCGUGCGUCCCGCGCCCACCGACAGCGCACUACAGGGGCAGUUGCUGGCGGAGCGCAAGGGAGCUGUGCGUGCCAAGGUCUCCAGGCUGGUGGCGGCGGUGGUCCUACUCUUUGCUGCCUGCUGGGGUCCUAUCCAGCUGUUCUUGGUGCUGCAGGCACUGGGCCCGACGGGCACCUGGCACCCUCGCAGCUACGCCGCCUACUCGCUCAAGAUCUGGGCACACUGCAUGUCCUAUAGCAACUCUGCACUGAAUCCCUUACUGUAUGCGUUCCUGGGUUCCCACUUCCGACAGGCAUUUCGAGGCGUGUGCCCUUGUGCUUCUGGAUGCCAGAGGGGGCCCCGCGAGCCUGUACCCUCAGACCUCGAGCCCCCCAACACGGAGUUGCACGGCUUGGCUGCACGCCCAGCCCCCGCCAGGACACCAAAACCCAGGAGCGGUGGGCCAGCAGAGAGGGGGCUGUGCACACUAGGGGAACACACUGCCCCUCUCUGAGCUUUCUUGACUUUCUGGGGAUCUGCGUGGGCCCCUCGGGAGCAGGGUGUGCUUGAGCAGCAGCUAAUAUUCUCCUAUUAAUUUUUUAUCAUCGUCCCGGAUGAUCAGUGAACAUGCUCUGGUCUCGUUCCCUUCACAUAGAUCUGCCUCUGAUACUCCAGUUGGGGUUCUGUCAUUCCUGAAAUCACGGAUGUGCUAACAGUCAUAGCUUCUCUGUCUUUUCAGAAAGGGUCAGGUGUUUUCACAUACUGUCAUGUGGUUGACUGUAAGAUUGUAAGAUCCAUUCAACUUCAGUGAUAUUAAAUGUGAAAGCAGCAUACACCUUGGAAACAUGUGAAGUGGGCGUGGCUGAAGAUUCUGGCUGUGUGGUCUUGGCAGGGUUCCCUGCAUGGACCUGCAAGCUCGGGAGCGCUUGGUCUCCUGGCAGGCAGGGGCAAGUGCUCCUCAUGUGGCUGCUUGGGCCUCCUCCCUGCACGGCAGGCUUGGGUGCCAUACUUACUCUUUGGCAGAAGCUUCCAGAAGGAAACCAGGAUUCUCAAUUCAGGAGUCCCACAAGUCCCAACCAUACAGACAGGGAGAGCCCUGGUUCCUGGUGGUGAGCUGCAGCGCUCAGUCAUCCUGCAGGACAAUAAUCCCGAGGGCCCCAGGCCUCCCAGAUAAUUCAGGGAUGUGAUGAGGAUCCCCAGGAGAAACCUGGACUGGCUGAGAUCCUGGUGAGAACAUCAGGCGAUUCUGGCACCAGGCAUGCUCCUUCUGCUCUUCAGACCAGCGGGCAGGACUGCCUGGACAUGAGCACAAAUUCCUGCCUCUGCUCACCGCCCCUGCGUGCCUCCCUCUCCUCUCCUCUGCCCCCAGAUUUAAACUCCCUGUAUCUGAUGAGAAGAUUCCUCUUUCUUGUCUCUGGGCCUGGACCCUGUGGAUUUCUUGUUUUCAGCCAGGG